AUGUAUUUUUUAAAUGGGCUCAUUAGGGCCGGCCUGUUCUCGAUCUCCUUAGUCGAGGCAUCUUCCAACGGACCUUAUCUCAAUACCAACAACUACGAGCAGCUAAGAGCAGCGGCAGAGAUGGCGAUGAAGAAUCUCAUGUCUUACUACACCCCCAACUCGCAAGGUAUUUUCAAUGAGGCACAAAUGCCUUGGCACGAAUCGGGCAUGGUCUGGGAUUUGAAUUUUGAUUAUGCCAAAUGGACCGGAGAUACCCAGUUUUUGAGCAUGGUUACCGAAGCUCUUUUCCAUCAGUCCCGCGAUGAUGCACAUGAUUUCCUUGGGCCUGGUGAACAGACGGAUGGAGCGUGGAAUGAUGACAUACUAUGGCCAAGUCAAGUAUCGGCGGCAGCUGCAGAAUUCUACGGAGCUGCGGCCACGAUACCAGGAGGAAAAGCCACGUGGAUAGAGCUUGCCGAGAAGACUUAUCGCGAAGCCGGUUCUCAAAUGGACAACAAGUGUGGUGGUGGGAUCUACUGGUACCGAGACCGAAAAUCCCCCAAAGGCAAAUUCAAGUCCUUGAUCACUCAGCUGGAAUUCAUUUCUCAAGGCGCACGAAAUUAUCUGAUCAACAAGGAUUCCAGAACAUUGAAUCAGGCGAAGGUCAUUCUUAAUUGGGUUUUAUCAUCUGGCCUUGGAAACCAGCGGACCGGCGUAUUGUUUGACGGUGUUGGAGUCGACAAUUGCUCGAAGUUGAAGGACCAACAAUGGAGUUACAACUACGGCCAGCUUCUAGGCGCUCUCUCUAGGAUGUAUAAGGCCACCGGAGAGCAAGAAUAUCUCGACUUGGCAACCCCCUUCUUCGAUUAUUCCCGCCGAACUUUUGCUGCCUACAACACUUCUGGUAUCAUCACCGAGCCGUGCGAGCCAACAAGAACUUGCAACCGUGACCAACAGGGCUUUAAGUCUAUCUACGUACGAGGUAUUGCUCAGUUAUAUCUCGCAACCAAUAAUCAGAAAGUGAAAGGCGAGAUUCGAGGGAUGAUCGAUACUUCGGUUAAGGCCAUGGUAGCCCGCUCUUGUGAUAGGUAUUAUAACUGCGGUGGGAACUGGACUCUCGACACGCAGCCUGUGAAAUAUGUCCGCUCUCAACAUGUGAGCACCGCUUUGCUGGUAGCAGCUGUGGGUAUUCACGGAGGUAACAGGCCCAAAAAGGCAGGAUGGAUUCUUCCUUAUUCAGCCACCAAGCCCCUUAAAGGAUCUUAUUAA